AUGCCUCAAGGGAAGAGUGUCUUUGACGAGUUUGCUUACGGGCAAAUGAUAGAUUCAUUUUGUAGAUAUGGAAGAUACAAUGGGGCUGCAAGGAUUGUUUACAUGAUGAGGAAGAGAGGGUGUACGCCGAGCUUAGUGGCGUAUAAUUCUAUUGUCCAUGGGCUCAGCGAGGAUGAUUGUAUGAGGGCUUAUCAAUUGUUGGAAGAAGGGAAAAAGUUCGGGUACUUGCCCUCGGAGUUUACUUACAAGGUUUUGAUGGAGGGUCUUUGCAGAGAAUGCGACCUUUGCAAGACUGAAUGCCAGCCUGAUGUUAUUACCCUCAACACAGUUAUCAAUGGUUUCUGCAAGAUGGGGAGAAUUGAAGAGUCUUUAAAAGUAUUUCAUGAUAUGAUGACUGGGAAGUUCUGUCCACCUGAUGUGGUGACCUUCACUUUCUGUCCACCUGAUAUGGUGACCUUCACUUCUAUUAUAUGUGGGCUGUUGAACAUUGGAAGAACCGAAGAAGCUUUUGAUCUAUUGCAUAAUGUUAUGCCUAAAAAGGGUCGUAGUCCUGGUGUUGUGACUUAUAAUGCAGUUAUCCGAGGCUUGUUUCGAUUACGUCGGGCAGAUGAUGCUAUGGAGGUUUUUAAUGGCAUGGUGAGGGGUGGUGGGGUUGCCAACAGUACUACGUACACAGUUAUAAUUGAUGGAUUGUGCGAGUCUGACCAAAUACCUGAAGCUAAGAGACUCUGGGAUGAGGUUAUCUGGACCUCAAAGGUUCAUGAUAAUUUUGUCUAUGCAGCUAUGAAUUUUGAUUUCCGGUUAAAUUCAUUUUGGUUCUAUGCCAAUGAUUCACCCUUGCCCCCAAAGAGAAAAAAAUACUUAUAA